AUGGCGAAAGCUUCAGCAAAAACCCCUGCUCCGCGCCGAUCUGCCCGUCUGUCGAAUUGUCUUACCAAGACUCCACCUACCAGAAAGGACCUCGACCCAGAGUUCACUGAACCUAGCAGUGUUGAAUCCUGCGAUCUCAAGACUACCUCCAAGAAUAAAAGGAAACGCCCCGUCGACAAUGAGGUACCAAGAUCCGUAGCCCAGGGCUCCAAAGCCAAAACGGCUCGCCGUGGCCAUUCAUUUCCCAUGAAGGCUGCCAAGGACGAGCAGCCGACUCGGGUUGCCAAACGCACUAAAUCUGUAUCAUCCCACUACUUUCAAGCUGACAAGUCAGAAACCGCAAAAGUGGGCAAGAGCUCUGAGCCUCUGAAAGACGCGGCAGACAGAGAUUCUUCUGACGAAAGCGAUGCGAAGAUUACCAGCAAAAUCAUCACAGCCAAGAAUAAGGGAAAAGCUCCCCAAACCGAGUCUCAAGCACACCACGACCCCGCUAGCGAUCAUACAAAGAUUGCCGAUCCGGUACCUGCAUGGAAAAAGGAAUUGAUCUCUUCCAUGGAACAUGAGAAAGCGACAUCCCACACCCAGACCGCCAAUACCUCCAAGUCUAAGGGGAAAGGAAAAGCGCGUCAAAUCGAUACUACAUCCGAAGAGGAGAGCGAAAGUGAUGAUCAAAUCGUCUUAGCACGUCCACGCCCCAACGGUAGAAAGUCGGCUACCCUCGUUCCAAACCCGUAG